AUGACAACUGAUAUUUCCAGUAAUUUUCCUACAGCGCUGCUUUUGAUACUCGAACAAGAAAUAGAACGUCCUCGUUGGGUAGUAAAGGUAUUUCCCGGUGACGAAUUGGAAAAAUGCCUUCAAUCAACUAUAGAACUUAUCAAUGACGGUCACACCGCGGAAUUGGACAAGUCUUGUAAACGUUUUCUAGAAGUCUAUAUACCUAACGCAUUUAAAAAAAUACAGUGUGAUGAUGCAGUGGACACAUGGCCAGAAACUAUACAAAAUCAUGUUUAUGAAAUAUUAAAAUUGUUCAUAGAUCUUGUAGCCAUUCGUUUAUCAUAUUCACCACCAGUACCAAUUCAGUUAUUAGAAACUUUGUCCAUAAUAUUUGAUUGUAAUAAUGAAUUUCAAACUAAACACAGACUGAAACCAUAUGAUUACGAAGAAUUUGAAGAUAAACUUGAUGAUGAAACAAUACUAACAUUUCAACCAUUGACAGAGGAAAAUAGCUACGGUUGGCUACGUUCAUUAAUUAAUCGAUUUGUAUUCAACAGUGGCAUUAAAAAUUUAAUAAAACAAUUUAAUAAUCAUUCUUUGACCACCGAGGUAAGAGUCGACUUGAAACACUUAACGUGAUACUUUUAUAAAAUGCGUCAAUCUACCUUUUUCUAAUGUUCCACAACUGAAACAGGUCAUUUCCGAUUGAUUUUGAUGAAUAAAGGGUAUCCCUCCCUCUUUUUUCACCUUGUUGCCAAAUGCGGAGCACACGUCCAAUUGAGCUUAAAUUUAUAGGUGAAAUAGAAAAUAGAAAAAGAAAAUCGGUGUAUUUUUGCUCAGAAUUUUCUGACAUGUUAUUUUAUGAGUUUUAUGGAAAACUGCACUUCUCAUCUAGUGACAUUACGACCCCUCAAAAAAAUGGUCCGGCUGAGCUCAAAUUUUUGUCACAGAUACUUUAGGUCCUAUCUCAGGUUAAAAAUUUUUAUUUUAUAUGCUUUACUUCUUGAGAUAUUGGAAAAAUGCUAAAAAUUCUUUAUAAAAAAAACGGUUUUUGAUUUUAAAAACCUUUCCACACCAAAAACUGAAGUCAUAAACGCUUAAAAAAAAUUUUGAACCUGAGAUAGAGUCUGAAGCAUCUGUGGUAAAAAUUUAAGCUCGAUUGGACCGUUUUUUCGAGAGGUCGUAACGUGACUGGAUUGAAAGGACUGACAGAAAAACGCAUAACGACAAAAACACACUUUACAUAGGCAUGUGUUUUUCAGAGCAUUUGCAGCGAUGUUUAGAUCUCCACAAAAACUCAUCGAAAAUUUUUGGAAGACAUCUCAUUUUGAAGAAAACACUUUCUUCUAUCAUGCUAUGUGUAAGAAAAUAUUCUGAAUAUACAGGAAAGGAGAGAAAAAUUUACAAACCUAAAAAAUCGAGAUUUUCUAGCUUUUAAAUGAGAAAAUUAAAAACUUCAUAAUUUUUUCAAGGAACGUCAUGGAGAGCUGGCAGUGGUCUCAUUAUGUACCGCAACUUCCCUCCACAUUAGGCUAUAUUCAGCUCAAAAUGAAAACUUUUCUGCAAAAAAGAGGGGACUCGAGGGGUAUUCUUCCCUUGUCGACCGAUCUUACGGCAAUUCUA